AUGGGGAACACCGCCUCGUGCUGCGUGUCGUCCAGCCCCAAACUCCGCAGGAAUGCCCACUCGCGGCUGGAGUCCUGCCGGCCCGACACCGACCUGAGUCGCGAGGACACGGGCUGCAACCUGCAGCACAUCAGCGACCGGGAGAACAUCGACGAUUUGAACAUGGAAUUCAAUCCUUCAGACCAUCCUCGGGCCAGCACGAUAUUCCUCAGUAAAUCUCAAACAGACGUGAGAGAAAAGCGCAAGAGUCUCUUCAUUAACCAUCAUCCUCCAGGACAAAUAGCGAGGAAAUACAGCUCCUGCUCGACUAUUUUCCUAGAUGAUAGCACAGUCAGUCAACCAAACCUCAAGUAUACAAUUAAAUGUGUAGCUCUCGCAAUAUAUUACCACAUCAAAAACAGGGACCCAGAUGGAAGGAUGCUCUUGGAUAUUUUCGAUGAAAACCUUCACCCUCUCUCGAAAUCCGAAGUGCCACCAGAUUACGACAAACACAACCCAGAGCAGAAGCAGAUCUACCGGUUUGUGCGGACGCUGUUCAGUGCCGCUCAGCUGACUGCAGAGUGUGCCAUCGUCACCCUGGUGUACCUGGAACGGCUCCUCACAUACGCAGAGAUCGACAUCUGUCCAGCCAACUGGAAGCGGAUUGUUCUGGGGGCCAUCCUGCUGGCCUCCAAGGUGUGGGACGACCAGGCUGUGUGGAACGUGGACUACUGCCAGAUCCUGAAAGACAUCACGGUGGAGGACAUGAACGAGCUAGAGCGACAGUUCCUUGAAUUGCUCCAGUUCAACAUCAACGUUCCUUCCAGUGUUUAUGCCAAGUAUUAUUUUGAUCUUCGUUCUCUGGCGGAAGCCAACAACCUGAGCUUCCCCUUGGAGCCCCUGAGCAGAGAGAGAGCCCACAAGCUGGAGGCCAUCUCCCGCCUCUGCGAGGACAAGUACAAGGACCUGCGAAGACCCACGAGGAAGCGGUCAGCGAGUGCUGACAAUCUGACUCUGCCCAGGUGGUCCCCGGCCAUCAUCUCCUAA